GAUGAAGGGACAGUGGUGAGAAAGAUGGCGCCCACUUUAGGACCCUCAGGGUGGUGGUGGCGGUGGCUGCGGGGUUUGUCGGCUCGGGAUGGGUCCAAGAUAUUUCUCCUUUUUCUUUUGUUGGGGUUUGAGCAGGGACCCCGAAAAGUCGGGGCGGGUCAGACGUUCGAGUACUUGAAACGGGAGCACUCGCUGUCGAAGCCCUACCAGGGUGUGGGCACUGGAAGUUCCUCAUUGUGGAAUCUGAUGGGCAAUGCCAUGGUGAUGACGCAAUAUAUCCGCCUUACCCCAGAUAUGCAAAGUAAACAGGGUGCCCUAUGGAACCGGAUGCCAUGUUUCCUGAGAGACUGGGAAUUGCAGGUGCACUUCAAAAUCCAUGGACAAGGAAAGAAGAAUCUGCAUGGGGAUGGCUUGGCAAUCUGGUACACAAAGGAUCGGAUGCAGCCAGGGCCUGUGUUUGGAAACAUGGACAAAUUUGUGGGGCUGGGAGUAUUUGUAGACACCUACCCCAAUGAGGAGAAGCAGCAAGAGGCCCAGAAGAGGCGAUACUCUCCAGGAGUCCAGCGGGUGUUCCCCUACAUCUCAGCCAUGGUGAACAAUGGCUCCCUCAGCUAUGAUCAUGAGCGGGAUGGGCGGCCAACAGAGCUGGGGGGCUGUACAGCCAUUGUCCGAAAUCUCCAUUAUGACACCUUCCUUGUGAUUCGCUAUGUCAAGAGGCAUUUGACGAUAAUGAUGGACAUCGAUGGCAAGCAUGAGUGGAGGGACUGCAUUGAAGUGCCAGGGGUCCGCCUGCCCCGGGGUUACUAUUUUGGCACCUCCUCCAUCACGGGGGAUCUUUCAGACAACCAUGACAUUAUUUCCCUGAAGCUAUUUGAAUUGACAGUGGAGAGAACCCCAGAAGAGGAGAAGCUGCAUCGAGAUGUGUUCUUACCCUCGGUGGACAACAUGAAGCUGCCCGAGAUGACAGCCCCUCUGCCACCCCUGAGUGGCUUGGCCCUCUUCCUCAUCGUCUUCUUCUCUCUGGUGUUUUCUGUAUUUGCCAUUGUCAUUGGGAUCAUACUCUAUAACAAGUGGCAGGAACAGAGCCGAAAGCGUUUCUACUGAGCCCUUCUGUGACCACCAGCCCUGUGCUGUCACCAUGAGGUGUGGGAGCAGCAGGCGCUGUCCUGAGCACAUAGCCCAGCAGUCUUCUUCGGUGUCCAGCAGCUGGUCAGGGACUCUGUUCUGUCACUGGAGCUUUAAAUUCAGGGACACUGUAUUCCCAUGGUCAUCCUUGAGGACCUCUGUCUCUGGUUCAGGAAGCCCACCCACCCCAGGGCAGUGCUUCUGUGAUGUGCCUUUCCCUGCAGUCUGUCUACUGGGAGUGCAGAGGGAUGGAGAUAGUACCUGCUGUUAUGAUGCCAAGAUCACAGAAAAGAGCUUCAUUGCCCUGGCUGCCUUGAUGUGGGACUCAGGACCCUUAUCCUUCUCAUUUAAAUCUGCAAAGAACAGAAAACUGAUAAUUCCUCAUACCUUCCUGACAUCCAUUCAUUGGUUUUUGCUUUUUGUCUGAGCCUUUCUUCACCUGAGGAGCUCUCCUUGGAAAUCUGGAUGGAAACUUCUCCACUUUGCCUUCCUCUCCCUCCUUUUAUUGUCCUCUCCAAAUGCAGCCUGAGCUUGAGAAGACAUUUUAUGCCUCUCUGUUGGGGUCUGAGCCUGCAGAACAAAUAUAUUACACUGACCCUCACUAGGUGUCCAUUGGAAGAGAGCUUUCAGCGUUGGCUUGCUGCUCUAGCCUUUGCUCGUCAGUGUGGAUCCUAGUUCUGUUGGUGUGUUUUUUAUUUUCCCAAUUAGGUACCAUUAGGCUCUUAGUCAUGUUUGGCUGGAAGUUGGUGUACAAGUCAAGAGAAUCUUGGAAGAUCUCAUGGAUAAAAUAGGAAUAAUUGUGACACUAAUCUGCUCCAGGUUUUGACACCAAAAGCAAUGUUUGCCAUGUGAUCUGACCACCUGGAGAUGCUUCUGGACCAUGUGGAGCUUUCUUAGCUGCAUGUUUUGUGUCAGGAUCUUCGGAAUCCCACUUUGAGUGUUCAAAAUGUAAGGAAGAUUUCUUUGUAUAGCUGUGGCCUGGAUACUCCCCAGGGGGAAAUCUGGCUUCUUUUUCCUAAUGGAUAAGAAACAGUUGCUGUUCUCAUGAUGCAAACCUGUGGUCAAUAGGCUUGCAUCAUCCGUGCCUGGAAGCAUUCAUUGUCAUGGAGUAACAGUCUGAGUGAAUCCUCCAGGGGUCAGCCCUUAUUCCACUGCCUUAUUUGACAAGGGGUCACACACCGUUCUGCUCACCUGUCUGCCUGCGAUGAAAUCAGCUAAUAGAGGGCUUAGAACUUCUGUAGCCUAAGGGAAAUUCGUAAAAUGGCUGAUGGAAACAAAACACUAGCUUCUGACUCAGUGCUCUUCCUUCUAGGGAUGGGUUUGGGGGAGGGUCCAGGCCUUCUUCCUGAGCCCAUAAAUCCCUGCUCUAUCUUCUCUGUUGGGAAAUCCUCAGCUCAACACAGAAGGAAAAGAGGGUCACCUUACCUGGGUAUGGGUUUCUGUCCUCUUGGGCUUUUUUAUAUCCUUCCCAGGUGCUUAAUUAAACCUCAUGGGCAGCAAUUCCCUCCUGCAGAUGGGAUUAAGGUGAAACCCUCCUAACACCUUCCCCACAACGGCAGGGUACUGCCAGAGUGCCAGAGGACAGACAGAUCUAGAGCUUCACCUUGUGAUCGAGUAGAACUGAAAAAGCAAAUGGUUCUUUUGUGACUUUGAAUUCAGGAGGAGACUGGAUAGAGCCCAGUGGUGAGAAGGCCUAGGUGCAAGAGGAGUGGGGUCUCCUCAUGUGGGAGGCAUGUUAGAGAUCUUGAACUCAUAAGUUUUGUGUGAUUUCAGCUCAUGAGUGCCUUGAGGCUUCUUAAAGAAGGCAGGGAAGACAUGCAGUGCAGUCCCCACCUGGCCUAGGGCCUCCUUAGAGCUGUGUGGUACAGGAAGCAGUCUAACCAUUACGUGGUGUGUCCUGUCUGACCAUACACAGUGUUCUUUGUUACAAAACUUGUUUAUUUUAGUGGAAAAUUAUAGCUUUGCCUUUCUUGCUGGAAGUGGCUUCUGAACAGACUAGCCAGAAUAUCACUAGCCCCUUGCUACCCUAGAAGAUAGAAACAAGGAAUUGGCAGGAAGUUCCAGGGUAGGGCUGACAGUGGACAAAGAAAAGCCAAAUAUGGGCAAAUUAGUCUUGUGGGGCUGGAAGUUCUGGGAAAAUAUCUUGCAGGUGAUUCAUGGGUCCCCUCAGGAGUUUCAGCUGAUGCCCUGUUGUAGGCUCUAGGUUAGGAUGCUGGGUGGUGAUGUCGGAAGAGCUGGCAUUGCUGGUGUUCGGUGAAUUGACGAUAUUGGUGAAUAUUUUAAUGGGCAUAUUCAUCCGAAUUGCAGGCUUGAUCCAGCUCAUGGCCAAAUAGUUCUAGAGAGAACACGCAACAAACAGAGGUAGCAACCAGAAGGCUCCCUCUCUCCAGAGGCAGCCCAUGAGCAACCAGUGCCUUUGUCCCUGUCCCCAUGGUCAUCACUCACCGGAGCUGAAUACAUGAAGCUAAACAGCAUAAACCCAACAAUCAGUAUGAUUGAGCCGACUAUGAUUUUGAAGCGGUAGUGUUUCCAGAAAGCAUGGCAGAAGUUUUUAACAGGUGACUGAAACCAUGAGAGCAAGGUGUUGGUGCGUCUGUCCAUGAGCAGAGUUGAUGUCAGAGAAUGGAAGGCAAAGGGGACCUUCAGGUCAGCUUUUCCAGAGCAAAGACCUUUCUUUUUUAAAAGCAGCUUCUGCCCCAUUCCCCACCUCCCAUGGCUGUUCUCUCCUGAUUGUGACUGAGCAUUGAAGCUGAGGUGGUGGGAAGUAAUUACCCCUCCGCUUGUAGGUUCACUGGGCACCAUCCUGGACAAAUUGCCAGGCUCAGCAGCUCAACUUUAUGAAUAAGGAAGAAAGAUUUGGUGCUUGCACCCCCACAGGACUCUUACAGGGGAGGGUGAAGUGUAGGGAAUUGGUUGGGUUCUGACUGGCCUCGUCCUGUUGGCCUGAUCAAGGCUUCCUUUUCCGACAGAAUCUCCAGUGUCAUCUUCACUUUACCCUAGAAACACCGCAGAGGGUAAGAGGCUGAGUUAUGAUAGCAGGAGCCUCUUCUCAGGAUCCACAAAGGAAAGGGGAUUUAGCUAAGGUCCCCAGGGGUCUGUUAGAACCAAGUGAUGGGGCUCAGCAGUCUUGUGCAGGAGCACCUUCCCCAGCUCCUACCGAUAAGCGCCAUCUGCCAUUCUCGAGGACUUGGCAAGGCCACCAGCCGGUUACAGUCUUCUUCUGAAAGAGGGAGAAGUGCUUGUGCUGGAGGAAGUGGGGCCACUUGGGGUCGGUGUCCAUCAUCCUGAUGGAACACAUCUUUGCAUGUUGGGCUGGGAAGGGCAUGUCAGACAGAUCCAGCUCCAGGACCCCUGAGCACAGAGAAAUGCUGUCAGCAAGGAGCUGCCUGUCCUGAGGUUAUAGGCCCCAUGCCAGAAUCUCACCUAGGAAGUCAUCAGUGGAGAAGACGUUAUUGUCCCAGACCUGGAUGACAAGUCGGGCUGGAAACUUCAUCACUGUGGGAUCCAGGCUCCAUAUGUAGUCCUGAAGGAUGGCAGAAGAGCUUGUUACUGCUACUGUCCUUUGAGAAUCCCUUUGGUCAUCUUAGGAGCCCAUUACCCAGCAUAAUGGACUGUCAAGAAAGAGGGUUUCUGCCUGAGGCCUCAUUCCAAGUGUUCUAGUGUAGCUUGCAAGUCUCUGAAGGGAGGGCAGGAAGAGAAGUCCACCUCCAGGCCCAUUACCUUCUGGCUCAGGACGCACACUUGCUCAGCCGCCAGGUAAUCCAAGGUGAAGAUGAACCGCCAGUUAAAGCUGCUCUCCCCAUUCAGGGAGUGGUAGUGAAUAUCUGUCUUCUGCAUGUCCUUCUCUAGCCCGAAUAACCACCUGGGGUCAGAGUCCUCUCACCUGGGGUUCAUGUGCACUGCCCCCAUCCCUGAGCUGGAGUCCUGUGGGAAGGGCUGCCCAGCAGACACCAGGUGCAGUGGAUGUGGAGAGAUGUCACCCCAGGAUGAGAAAGAUA